UCAAAACAAAAUGAGCCAAACUGAUAGCAUUUGGGCAAAGUUUCCAGUGAAGUCUCCACCUGACAAGUUCUAUGGCUUCUACAGGAACCAUGUGGGGGAUUUGAUCGAUCUGUUCCCUCAGUAUUUCAGCAGCAUUCAGUUUGUGGAAGGCGAAAAGUACUCUCCCGACAGCGUUAUACGGUUCAAUUACCGCUUCGGCAGUCAAUUAUUAUCAGCAAAUAUAAAGAUCAAAGCUGUGGAUGAUGUGAAGAAAUCGUUGGUUUAUAAAGUUAUUGAAGGAGAUAUUCUAAAGCAUUACAAAGUGUUUGAAUUAAGAAUUGAAGCUGUUAAUGGAGGGAUAAGCAAAGGAGGAGGUGGGAGCUUUGCAAAAUGGAGCAUUGUGUUUGAAAAGGCAAAUGAAAAUGUGGGAGCGCCACAAGGCUACCUGGAAUGGUUUGUUGAGGUUUCCAAAGGCGUUGAUGCUUACUUAUCCAAGAACAAGAACUAAAACUCUAAAACAAUCAAGUGAGCUAAACUCUUGGCUAUGUAUCAACUUGGUUUGUUCUUAAAUAAGAAAUUAUGCAUGAACUA